AUGGAAGGGAAGGUGCUGAGGGGAAGAGAGGUGAAGGGGGAAGGCUCCAGAGCAGCCGUGGGGGGCCAUGCCAGGCCCCACAGGCAGGAAAGCGGUGCAGGCAGGCGGCGGGGGGUGAGGAGCUGCCCGCGUCCUCCUCCACCACAGACCCCCGGCACGAAGCCACCACCAAGAAAGAAGCAGCAGCCACUGCUACACCGAAGUGCCACCACCAAGACCAGCGUGCGGGCAGAUAAACACCACCACAAAACCAGAAAGCAGCGGGCCCGCUCCCCUCCGUCAUCCGAAAUCCCAAGUCCUGGGAGGAAUCCUGACUCAGCCCAAAACAAAGCAGAAGAAAAACAGACAGAUGCAGAAAUAAAGAAGCUUGUAGCAUCAACUUCCAUUAUUUUGGACUCUAAUCAAACAGAUCAAGGUCUUUCUGCUCAGCUUAAUGAAAGCCUUCGAUGGGAUGGGAUUCUUGAAGAUCCCGUAGCCGAGGAAGAAAGGCUACGUAUCUAUAAGAUGAACAGAAGGAAACGGUACGAAUCGUAUAUCCAGCAACAUCUGCCUGCUGAGCCGUGCCCAAAUGUCAGGCAUUCCCCAUUACUUCAUCACAGGGCACCCUGCGCAAGCAGUGAUCACACAGCCUGUAAAGAAGAUUGCUGCAGUUAUUUUCCGGAGGAGCAAGCAUGA